AUGGUGAGCUGAAGAAGUGGAAUGUUGGUAGCAUUGUGUCUUGCCUCUUUCAUUAUUGGUGUUGUGGUUACCAUUCUAAUCCAGACAUUUGUCAUCAGAAGACGACUUCUUGCCAUUCCUUUAGAACCAAUUCCCCACAAGCCACAGUUCUGUCAAUAUAAAUUGCCAAAGGAAUUGUUGGCAGUAAUACGUGACCAGGACCAGAAAGGAUUGAAAGAAUCAUGUAUAGCAUUAAAUUUGGUCAUACAGUUUUUAUUCAAAGAGCUACGAGAUACAAAUCGUGUUCGAAGAUGGGUAACAAAGAAAAUGAACAUAGAAUUCAACGAUAUGCUUCAGAGUACAACAGGAAAAUUAAUAGAAAAAAUAACAUUAAGAGAUUUCAAUUUAGGACCAACAUUUCCUGUUAUAAAUUGUGUUACUGUAGACACAGUAAAACUCUCAGAGGAUGAAUCACUAGAGGAAUUAGACAUUAUGGCAGAUCUUGAUUAUACUGGUGGAUUUCAACUCGCCAUAGAAAUAGAUCUAGUUUUUAAAAAGUGGGCAUAUUUAUCUGUUACGGUUACAAAAUUGAAGGGCAUUGGCAGGUUACAGUUUACACGUAAUCCUUACACACACUGGUCUUUUACAUUUUAUGAGAAUCCAGUUGUAGAAUUUGAGGUGGAAUCCAAAUUUGGAGGCCGUCCUGUACCACAAGUUACCUCUCUGAUCAUUAGUCAGAUAAAGAGAAUUCUUAGAAAAAGACACACACUGCCUCAUUACAAGAUGAGAUAUAAGCCAUUUUUUAUCCCUCCUGACGAAUCCUAUAAUCCAAAAGACAUUUCUUUAAAAGGAAAUCUAAUAGGUGAAGGCCAGCUGGAGGUGAAGGUCAUUAAUUGCUCCGGUUUGUUAGUAGAGCAUGCUGAGAGAUAUCUAUUUUGUACUCUGAGUGUUGACAAAUUACGAUGGCUUGAGUAUGAAGAGUUAAGAAAGAAAGUAUGGGUAGUGUACGAAGUGAAGAUAAUAAAAGGAACAGCACAAUCCAUAGGACUUACUUUUAAAGAUGAUUUCAUGUUGGAGAAGUAUGAAGAUGUGGUUGUCGUUGACAACGUAACUCCUAAUUCCCCUGCUUCAGCCACUGAUAUUAGGAAGGGUGAUGUAUUAGUAAGUGUAGGCAUGACAAGGAUAACAUCAGUAAAACAAGCUGGAAAAAUUCUUAGAAAUGUAAAUGACAGUGUUAUGCUUAGAUUGGAGAGAGCCAAAACUGGGUCUUCUGAAGAUUAUAUAAAGGUACCAGAUUCUGAUAGUAGCAAAAUAAAGGAUCCUGCAGUAAAAGAUGAUUAUGUUAACAUUGUUAUUAAACCAUGUGAUUCAGAUGAUAAACAAAGAGAAACAGGAAAUUCUUUAUCAUCCAAUCAAAUCAGCAGAGACAGAAAUUUCAAAUCUUUAUCAACUCCAAGUAGCCCCCAUAGAAAGGUUUUGUCAUUGGUCACCACAGGGAAAGAGUACUUAAGAAGGAGGGUGAAAAGUCACACUGUGUCGGAGGGUUCUGUCUCCAUGACAACAAGUAGCCAAUCAGACUUGAAUAUUCCUAAAUCACCAACAGGUCACAGAAUCUCAAAAUCAAUGGAUUCUAGACAGUUGACUAGAACCAUUAAUGGACAGGAUUUAGAAGAUGACCAGCCUUCAGAACUUCCAAUAGUCACUCAAUCUGGAGAUUUCUUUAAAAAUCGUACGAACAGUGAUCCAGGCUUUGUUUUGCUCAAUAGUGAUGAUUCAGCAUCAGAGGAUGAAGAUGAAGAUCAGGAUCAGACAGCUAAGGAACAGGAAGUCAAUUCAUUACCACAAGAUGGCAUUAGUAUUAAAUUGGAGGAUGUUGAAAAGCAAGGUCUUGCUGACAUGAAAAAAACUAAAGAAGUCAAGGCGCAAAAAAAUCCAGACUGGAAUGAAGACUUUGUGUUUUAUACAAGUCCAGAGGAUAAAUAUCUCAAUGUUUGUGUCUGGUGUAGGGUACCACCAAAACUUGAUAAACAUGAAAAAGUAAUCAAACCUGGUAGAGAAACUUUGAUAGGGCAUAUCAGUUUGCCAUUAGCAGAUAUAUCUUUAGAUUGUUUAUUGACAAUUCAGAGAGAUUCACAAAGAUGUGUUAAUUUAGUUCCCCCAGAAAAUAUAGCUGGGGUUAGUCGAACAAAGUUCCAGGAAUAUAUGAGCCAUCCAGGAUUUGAUCAUAGAAUGUGCCAUGGUGAUAUCACCCUUGGGUUUAAGUAUGGAUCAAGUCAGUCACCAGAUACAGAGAGAAGAGUUCCUGAAGUCAAGGUCAUCUCAGACAAGGAAAGUUCUGAAGAGUUUGUUUCGUUACCAGAUUCACAAUUGUUAGGACAAAAAAGCAGAUUAGAGAUUGGUAAACAUGACUUUACAGCUACCCAGUUUACUUCAGCUACUUACUGCCAUUUCUGUGGGAAAAAGAUAUGGUUAAAAGAUGCCUUCCUUUGUUGUAUGUGUUCAAUGAUUUGUCAUAAGAAAUGUGUUGUCAGAUGUCAGACACAGACACUCUGUACAAAGGAUGGUGCUAUGAUGAGGUCUAAUCCUCAAGACAAAUGGAAAGCUCCAAUACCAGAAUCUAGAAGAAGACAAAGCCAUAAAUCUGGAGCUGUUGGAAUUCUGAGUAAAUUCAGAAAAGAUCCUAAUGUAGAAAAUAAAAUAGAAAUCACACAGCCUGCACCUUCCCCACAGCCUUCACCAAAACCAUCCCCUCAGCCAAGUCCAACGUUUAUCCGCAGAAGGAACUCUGCCCCGGGCACAGAUGAUGUCAAAUGUGGGAGCUUCCUUGAUAUCACGAACAUUCCACAGACACGUUCCUCUACAUCAAUCCAGGCAUUGCUUAAUACUGGUGUCCUGCCUAGAAGGUUAUCAGAAGAAUUGUUUGGGAGUAAGUACAGAGGUGAUUCGUCAGAAGAUUCAGAUUCAGAAUCCAGUUUGUUACAGUUGAGUAAACAAAGGGCUAAAGGUCAAAACCUUGAUGAGAUGGUUGUGACAGCUGCCAAAGAAAUGGGAAAAGAAUUGUAUGCUGAGCUCUCAUUGGAAGAGAGGAAAGAAAAACUUGAUACCAUGGUUUCCAAGCUGCAGAAAGAAAUAGAUAUUGAAUCUGAAAAUAAAACAGAAAUGAUCAAAGAGGAGAUGGAGUCAGUAGAUUCAAGUCAGAAAGAGGCUUUACAGCUAAAAAUAUCUAAAUCUGAUGAGAAAGUUGAAGCCUUGAUGAUGAUGAUGCUGCACUACUGUGCUGGUCUUCAAUAUUGUUUGGAGGAGGAAGAAGAAGAACGAAGGAAAGGUAAAGAAAAAGAUCAGAUGGCAAUGUUAGAACAAACAAUGGAGGUACAAAAGCUUACAGAACAAAUUCACAAAGACGCAGAACAAAGCACAUCUGAAAGCAGAGUGUUUGAUUGUAUUGAAAGUUCUAGUAGUGACUCAACAUUUGACAAUAUACGAUCUGAUAUUAUAUCUAGUUCUCUUGAUGAGGGAAGUUGUGAUAUUAAUACUGCUGUAAAAGAUGGAACAACAAAGGAGUUGGACAAUGGGUGUAUACCUGAAGAAGAAAACCUUGAAGUAGAAUCCACAUUUUAAUUAAGGCCUUUUUUAUUGCUAACAUACUUGUUGUAUUCCUCUAUUUUACAGUAAUUGUUGUUGUAUCCAUAAAGUUUUUUUUUUAAUUUUUUGUUAAAUGCAUUUUUGAUUGUAUGAUUAUAUGCUUCCGAUGUUUUAUUGUAAGUUAAGGAUGAAGAAUAUGUAUGUACAUAUAUGAACAAAUUAUUUUUUAUUUAUUUUAGAUAUAUAGUUUAAGUUUAAAUUUUGAUUAGACUUGAGUCUUUGAUAUAAUUUAUUUUUGUAUAAUCCUAUCCUGUAAAUUAUGAUAUUUUGUUAUUGGCAUAGAUACAAGUAGAAAAAUAGGCAUACAUAAUUCUUGUUUGAUACUUGUGGUGCACAAAUGACUUAACAGCAUGAGAUUUAACAAAAGGUCAGCUUGAUAUUAUUCAAUACAGUUGGAGGAUAUUUUUAUUACCUGAAAAAUUUUCUGUCGUAUUUUGUGAAAAAAAAAUAUUUUGAAAAUAAUAAUGAAUGAUCUCA